CAUAUCAACUACUAAAUCAUUGUGCGUGUAAAUGUAUGCUUAGGGAAACUUGGAUUAACACAUUCACCAGUGACGAACAUAAAUUUGCUUCCAGCAUGCCCGGUUUAUUGGAGCGACUAAAAGACGGUGGGACGGUGGUGAUAGCGGAGGGCUAUGUCUGGGAGAUUGAGCGACGAGGCUUCAUGCAGUUCGGAAACUUUCUACCGGAAGUAGUGCUGAAAAACCCAGAAGUCGUCAAACAACUGCACGAGGAAUUUGCACAUGCUGGAAGUGAUGUCAUAGAAGCAUUUACGUAUUACGGGCAUCGGGAGAUGUUCCGGCUGCGUGGCCGGGAGGCGGACCUUGAGGCCCUCAACCGGAAGGCGCUGUCCCUGGCGCGCGAGGUGGCUGACAAGCACGGGAAACUUAUGGCCGGAAACCUGAGCAACACACCACUGUAUGAGGCGGGGGACACUGCCACCCAUGACAAAAUAUACGACAUGUUUAAGGAACAGGUGUUGUGGGCGGUGGAGGGUGGGGCGGACUUCAUCAUCGGGGAGACGUUUUCCGCCUACGGGGAAGCCGCCAUUGCGCUCAAGGCUAUCCGUGAACAUGGAAACGGCCUUCCGGCAGUGAUCACGAUGACCGCGCACGUCCCUGAGCGUACGACGGACGAUAUUCCCAUACCGGAAGCGUGCCGGCGCCUGGAGGAGGCAGGAGCCGCAGUGGUGGGUCUCAACUGCUCUCGGGGACCGGAUGUCAUGAUGCCGCUCAUUAAGGAAAUAAAAAAGAUAUGCAAGGUGCCAAUUGCCGCCCUUCCAGUGCCAUAUAGAACCAACAUGGAACAGAAAACAUUCUUCAACGUCAAAGAUUCAAAAUCGGGUGAGAGGGUGUACCCGGACAACCUUGACUGCGUGCGCUGCUCGAGAAUAGAUAUACGGCGGUUCGCGGAGGAAGCACUUGCGGCCGGCGUCCAGUACGUGGGCCUGUGCUGCGGAAACAGCCCAAACCUGACCCGCGAGCUGGCAGAAGUGUACGGUAAGGAUCCCCCAGCGUCCCACUACCGGACACGAACCGAUCUCAGCAUGAUAUUCGGCGAGGCUGCCCAGAAUUACGGGUCCGAGGUGGCGCGGACCUCCCAAUGGAUGACAGGAGAUGGACUUUAAAUCCAUAUAUAUAUAUAUUUACAUUUAUUAUCAUUUAACUCACAUGUAUACGUACAUAUUUGUAUAUUGUUGAUAUUAUUACUACUGCGGCGGCCUAUGUUGCGUGUAUGUUGUUUACAUGUAUUCCCCUUCUCUGUUUUGUUGGCGGUCUAAUAAAUUUGUUUCGUUUUA